GCCUUAACUAUUUGGCGGUUUGUCUUAAAAAUGGCGUUGGCGCGCGCCCAUCGUUUGCAAGUUUUCAUGCACGACUUGGACAGCGAAGGAUACGAAGAAAUGGGAUGAAUCAGGAUGUGCUCUAAACUUGAAGCUAUUUAUGCCUAUCCGGAUGUUAAUAAGGUGCCCUCCAGUUUACUAAAACGCAUUUCGUCGCCUCAUUGAGGACGCGAGUGUUUCGGAUGUUUAAACAAUAACGCCGUAUAAUCAGAAUGGACUCUUCUAAAGACAGUGACUAUCUGUGGAUGCUUCUCCAGGCUUUGGACUUUCGACCGCAGCAGGCCACCGCAGCCAUUGGCAAGCAGGGCGGAAGAGUUGAGCUGGGAAUGCAUAUGUUUGCUAAGCCUAAUAAAGAUGCUUUUCACAUUGUGGCACAUUUUUUAUUUGACAAGUUAGACUCUGCUCGCACAAAAGAAUUGUUCAGGAAUUGUUGGCCACCUCUUGAUAAAAAAGCUGAUGCAGAGUUUCGGAAGACCUGCAACAAAUGGCUACAAGAUAUUUCGACUGAACAGGGCGGGACGUUUCCCAAAGUAGUUGCAUCAGUAUUCCUUUCUCCAGGAGGUCCCAAAUUCAUUCAUUUUUUUGUUCAUUUUGCCAAGUAUGUUCUGCUGAAAGAUAUUAAGAAAUUCUCCAUUGAAGAUAAAUUGUGGGUCCCAGAAGCUGCAGGCUUAGAAAGUCGGUGCAUUGAAACUGCAAAAAGAAGAUUUAAACUCGUACAAAGAAGAUUUUGUGAAGUUGCUCUGAGGCAAGAUGCCCUGAUAAGAGAGUAUGAAAAGAAAGCGCAACUUUUGGUGGAAUCAUUGAGGUCUCUUUAUGCAGAAAGUGCAAAAUACGAUGCUUCAUUAUCAAAAAUGAAAACUGGUGAAAUCCAAAACGCUGGCAACAGUGCUGAGAAAAUUAAAGUGGUUCAGUCCUUUUGGGGAGUUAUUAAAGAGUUCAUGUCUGUCUUGGAGAAGGAAAGGGAGGUAGUAGACUCAAUAAUCCAAGGGAAUGUUGAUAAAUAUGUCCUUGACGGAACAGAGGUGUCUAUAAAGGUGCCAAGGUUAUUAUUGGAGAGAAUUGAAAAUUCACCGAAUACAUUGGAGUAUGGUAAUGUGUAUGAAGCUGGGAAAGUUAACUAUUUACGGGUUCUGCAUUUACUGAAUGAUGCAAUGCAUAUUCUUCAAGAUGAGUCUUUGAAGAUGGGAUCCAGCAAACUGGAACUGGAUGUGCAGCAAAUCAGAGGACAGUUACAGCUCCACCUUAAAUCACUGCAGGCUUUGAAGGUUAUGAGAAAGAAAAUUACUGAAUCUCUCCCAGUUGUUAAAGAAUCGAUUUGUGAAAAAGAAAAACAAUGGGAUAAUAAAUGGGAACAAUACUUAAAACGGAAACCCUUUAACCUUGUUGCUCCAGCACACCCCGCUUUAGAUUUACUUCCAGCUAUGGCUGCCUUAUCCUUUGAGCCUGCUACCGAAGCUGCCUACAAGACGAGCGUAUUUUCACAGUACCCAGCUGCAUUUCCAGAGUCACCAAAGAAGGGAAAAUCCGUGACUUCAUUCCUGGAUAACUUGGAAAUAAGGGAGGCAAAAAACACAAGCUUGAAAAGGGUGUCAUUUCCUGAAAUCCUUACCCCUCCUAACAGAAGAUUAUCAUCUAAUGUUAUGCACACCUCUGUAGAUUAUGUGGACAGUGGCUGUGCCCAAGGAAAGGAGCAGCCUUUAAAGAAGGAGGCCAAACUGCCAGCGACAGUCUCUACAGGGAGUCAGAAUGAAAAGUCAUGGAGCCGGAAGAAGAGAGCACAGAGCUUGGGAAAUAAAAAAUCGGAGGUUCUUCACAAAGAGUAUGACAACCUGGCUGAUAAGUUUGCUGAUGCUGUCACUACCAGCCCUUUGAGCUCUGGAGGUAAAGCACUCGAGUUGGAAGACAUUUUGUGCACUUUGGCCUCUGAUCCAUUUGUAACAAAAAAAGAACUUCCUCGUACACCAGAAAGCCUGCUUUCAGAUAUCAGAGGUUCUUGGAGAAAAGCGGUUGAAGAAUGUGGGUCUCCGAGUAUUGAACUGUCAAAGAAAUCCUCCCUUUGUAAAUCUAGUCUUCUGGAUGCCUCGCCGUUACCUCCGAAAUCAAAACAAGAAGAUGCCCUUGAAGAUCUUAUCUGGAUGGAGUCUGGAUUAAAAGAAACUACUUCACCAGAGAGGAUGAACAUGCCAACACUGGAACAGUUGACCUCUGAAAGUGUAAACUAUGAAAGUUUAGUGAAGCAGGAAAUGUCUUUGAAAGAACCAGAAGUGAACGAUGAGAUCUCUUUCCUCUCUUCAGCUGCCAGUUUUCCUGGUUAUCUUGGAAGCAAACUGAAUGAGCCUGGCAAUUUUUCUUUUUGCCAGGACAAUGUGUCCCAGCAUUCUACUCUUUCCUGGAAUUCAACAAAAUUGAUUGACAUUGACAACAGUGACGACAUUGUGCAGUUUGGUAUUGCUCAUGAAACUCUUCCAGAUGUAUAUGGCAAUGACAGUUUCAACAGCUCCAGGACGUCUGAUAUGGAAGAUGGCAUCGAUGACAAAGCAGUAAAUAGUAGCUCAGGAAAAGACCAAAAAUCCAGCAUGUAUGUAAAUUUACUACUUAACAGAUACAAAAAUAUCAGAAAACUCUACGGAAAUGCUGAUCCUGCAAACGAUGCUGUGCUUGCAGAAACUGAAGCCAGCAUUCCGCAUUCUGCAAAUAUAAACCCAGAAAGGCCAGAGCUGGCUUGUACAGAAAAGGUGUUCUCCCUUGAGCUCGACUUCUUAGACGUGCUAACGCCUACAAAAGACAGGCGACUUACUCUCCCAAAGCUCCAGUCCUUCUCCCCAUUAGUUGAUGUUCCUGAAACUCUGAAGGAGAGAGAGAAUGACGAUGACUGGUCUUAACCUGAACAAAUAGGAGUUGUACUUCCGAACUGAUUUUUACGUCUUAACUUUGGAUUGGUCAACCCUUUCUACAGUUUUAACACGCCGUUUUGCAUUUUAAGCACUUGUCCUUUUGGUUCUGAAAUCUAAGAAUGCGUUUUAGUUUUGGAAUUCUUCAUCCUAUUCGGCUUGUUGCUCUGUGAAAACGCAUGCAUUUUGUUGAAAUUUUUCUAGUUUACAGAACAUUAUGAUUUAGAAAACAUGACCACUUGAGUUACUUGAAUAAAAGGAACUGAGAAGAAAUUAGUUUGAAUUCAAUUACUACUUUUAUGUUCAGUUUCAUGUCACAAACACUUAACGUCUUGUUAGAAUAUUUCAUAACAGUAUGUCAGAUUUGUACAGUGUUUGAACUAUUUAAAAACAUAAUCUUAUUGUUCAUUUCCAUUACUUUUAAUACUUUAACUUUUGAUUUGUUGUAAAUAUUUUGUGUUAAGUGACUUCUAAUUGAACCGUACAGUGCUAAUGUUCACAAAAUAAAACUGUCUGUUUUUCUUUUUGCAA